AAAGGAUUCACGACGACUGUCAGGCCCAGUUUGGCUUCAAACACGUGCUGUCCCUCACGGGUAAGGUGGCCCGUUUCACAGAGGAAGUGAAGAAGCAGCAGGUGUCGCGAAACAGAGACGCCCCGGAGGGCGGAUUUGAUGCCAUCAUGCAGGCAGUCGUGUGCAAGGACAAAAUCGGUUGGCGUCCGGACGCCUCGCAUCUUCUGGUGUUCACCACCGACGCCAAAACGCACAUCGCCCUGGAUGGACGCUUCGCCGGCAUCGUGCAGCCCAAUGAUGGACAGUGUCACCUGGAUAGUGACAAUGUCUACAACAAAUCCACCCUGCUGGACUAUCCCUCCUUGGCGCUUCUGACGGAGAAAAUGUCAGAAAACAACAUCAAC